UGAGCAUUGCCGAUAGAAGCUGAACGGUGUGCACUUGUAUAAAUCCACGUUAAUACUUUUUCAUUGUUUCGCUGUCUUUUGUAUUUGAGAAACUGUUUAGGCCGGUGGUGAGAAAUAAAAGUCAAGACUUUUACCAAUGAGUUUUUGUUUUUUAUCUGAAAUUAGUUUGCACGCGAGAAGCAGAAUUUAAAAGUAUUACCAAGUGAUUAUACAGGCUUAAAAUAAAAUUCAUUAAGGAGAAUUCGAUCAGUGUGCACAUAUUGUUCGGUAACUUGACAUGGUAACUUAAAUAACUUAAAAUUACGGUUCUGUCGAUGCUUACUUUAGAGUGAACGUUGUUAAAGAAUCGAACUUUUUAUUUUUAAAUAAUAACCAAAAGGACCGCUGUGUGAAAUUAUUGAUCUGUUUCAUUCCCACUUCCCCCUGCGGGCAAUACUCCAUGAUAGGUAUAUAAAAUUGAAAGUCAUUUGUCGCUUCGCCAAACCUAAAAACAAACUACUUCACUGUCGUCGUCUUUGCUGCAUGGCCGCAAGGCGUUGUGGGAGAUACGGGUUACAACGGGCGGCCAUAACAGGAUCUUUACGUGCCGCAUCUCCUGAUUCGGUUUGGUUUCGAACUGUAGUGUUAGGUUAGUUGGCGUAGAUGAACUUUAUAAAGAAGAAAAUUAAGGGACACAAAAAAGGACAUGACAGUGAAGAAGAAUUUGAUACUUAUGUACAGAGUCAGCAGUCAUGGCCAAAAGAAAGUGAUGAUCAACCUCAAGAACGAAACACAGAAGAGUGGCAGUUUUUUCAGCAACUAACCCAGAAAGUUCAAGAGACACUUCAAAAAUCUCAAACAUCCCUUAGUAAAUUAAAAGACGAAAGUGCCAUAACUGACUUAGAUAGACCUGAAUAUUUGGAUGAGGAAGAACAUCAAUCACUUCCUUCUGGUGCCAAAACAUGGAUAAAUUUUGAAGAAGAUUCAUCUUUUCCAGAAGACUUUGAUAUCUCCAGCUCAGAUCAAGAUAAGUCUGUUAAAAGCUCAAAACCCCCACCAAGACCACCUCCUCCAAAGCUUGAAAAGACAACAGAAGUAAGUGAACAAGAAACUAAAGCAUUCCAUGAGUGUCAAGAACAAGAAUCUCAUCCAAACUUAGAAUUUUCAUUAGAAGAAGAAUUUGGUUUAAGUGAAGAAUUAGCUAAGGAAAUUAAGACAUUUCCAGAAUCUCCCAAACAAGAAUCUCAUCAACAGUUAGAAUUUUCUUUGGAAGAAGAAUUUGGCUUUCAUAAGGAUGAUGCAAGCACCUCUUUAAACCCUAAUGUUGAAUUUUUAUUAGAAGAUGAAAACAAGGAAAGAAAUGAUCCAUUUGAUACAACUUUUGUAGACUUGUCAACGGAUUUAUCUUUGGUAAAACAUGUUACAAGUGAUAGUACAUUAAUCGAGACUCAAAAUGAUCUAAGGGAAAGUUCUGAUCCAUUUGAUACAUCAUUUGUUAAUACUUUUGAAGUUUCUAGAAGAGUUUGCACAGAAAAGGUUCUUGAGGAUAAAGAAAGUAGCGUGUUUGAUGUUGACAAAAGAAGUGAAAGAUCUAGUGAAAUAAAAUAUAAUGCUUUUGAUGAAAAAAAUUUAAAGAGUGUUGCACUUGAAACUGUCUUAAUACCAGGAGAAACUUCUAAAGCUGAUAUUGAGACAAUGAGUAACCCAUUUUAUUCAGAAUCUGUUGUCAACCAGUCCAUGGGACCAUCAGUCAGCCCAUUUGAUGUUGACUCCUCUAGUCAUUAUAAAGCAGGCACAAACCCCUUUGAUGAAGUGCCUUCUAAUAGCCUUGGAACUCAAAACAUUGACUUGUUAAGUGAUACAUUUUCUUCUGAUGUGUCAAAAGCUGUGAAAGAACAGUCACAGGGUGUUUGUGAAAAAACAGAUUCAUUAUUUGAUCCAUUUGGUCUAGAUUCUUCUGCUCAUUCUUCUGUUGUGGAUGGUACUUUAGACUCUCAAUCUUGUUCCCAGGACAAAAGUUCAAGUGUUCUUAUAUUUGGUCUUCCACCUGAAACUUCACAGGGAACUGAAAAAGAUACUUUUGAUCCAUUUUUUGAAAUUGGUGAUGAUGGUAGUAUCAAGGAUAAAUUAAUACCUAGUGUCAAAGAUAUGCAGCAGCCUAUUUUAGAAACACUUGAUAAAAAAGUGGAUCCAUUUGCUAUUGCAGAUCAAUCUGAUUUUUUUGGCACACAGACUACUAAUGAACAAUUUAACCCUUUUACUUCUGAUGGGUCAAAGGAAUCUAGUGAAAGUGCUUGGCAUGUACUAAGUCAGCCUAGUUCUAAUAUUCACCAGAGCAUUAUGAGUAGUAACAUGUGGAAUACUGAAAGUGUAAAAGAUUCACGAGAGUCUGUAGCUGACUUUGGGAGAAUAACGACAGUCCCAAAAGAAAGUCAAGUUACUCACACUGAAAUGACCAUUUCUUCUGUAGAAGAUAAAAAUACCGAUUCUUUUGAGUUUUUUUCACCACCAAAAUCAGAAACUAAAAAACUACCUGAAACUAAUGCUAAAAAUGGGGACAAGUCACUUUUUUCCAAUGAAGCAUUUGAUGCUUUAAGCUAUUCCGACAACUUUCCAAGCUCUGAGAAGGAUGAUCAACCAUUUUCUUUGUCAAAUGAAACUCACAGAGAAUCUAACAUUUCCAUUUUGAGUAGUUUCAUUGAUGAAGAAGAAAAAUUUGGAAAAGAGAAUAUAGACAAAUUAGUAAGAGAUAGUGAACACAAUGGGGAAGCUAUUUUUGAUCAUUUUGAAUCAAAAGAAUUAGGGAUUAUGGAAGACCCUAUUUCUAAGGAGCAGAAACCUCCAAUUGAGGAUUCAGCAACUGCUUUCAUUGUGCCAGAUAAAGGCAGUGGUGGUAAAUUGGCAGAUAGUGUGGAUGAAAAAAGUUCUUUUUCUCAAGGUUUUUCAGGGAUUUCUGAUUUUGAGGUACUUUCCCCUAGUGUUGUUAGCCAGGAGAAAAAUUCAUUGCCAUAUAAUUCUAAAAGAGAAGUUCCACCAUUUGAUGAUAUGUUUGGACAAAUGCCCACAACUACAAAAACUGACUCUCAACUAGUAUCGUCAGUUAGUGAGUUUGAUGCUUUUGCCUCUUUCCCAGAUGUAUCAGAACAGAAGAGCACAUCAAUAGAUCCAUUUGACACAAGUAAUAUACAUUUGGAACCAGUGAAAGACUCUGUACCAUACACAGAUACUGCAGCUUUUGAAGCUUUUGCUGCAAAAUUUGAACAAGCAAUUGAAAAGUUUGAUACAGAUGUAACAGUUGAUGAUGAAUUUGAUCCAUUUGCUGCACCAAAAGGGAGCUCAAAAACAGAUGAAGAUGAUGAAAAGGGAUUUGGGACAGUAGAUUUGUUUGAUCCAUUCCUUUCUAUAACCAAGCCACAUGAAAAUACUCCUAUAAAAUUACCACCAAAAGAACCAUCUCGAGAUUCAUUUGAUGAUGAUGACACAGAGGAUUUUUCUGUGGUUAUCAAGCCAAAAAUGAGAGAGAAAGGAGAACUGUCUUCCUUAGGUUUAGAACCACCACCACUGUUACCUCCACCACCAAAGACACCAACAAAAAGUCCCUCACCACAGAUAACAACAUCCAGAUUUAAUCCAUUUGAUAAAGAUUCAAAUGACAUUCUGAUAGAAGGAUUUGGGCAAGAAAAGUUUGAAGAGGCUAGUGUUCAAUCUGAAGAACCCCCACCUGCACUUGGAGAAUCGGGGGUUCAUAGGACAGAUUCUACAGAAACACCUCCAACACCUCUCUUUGAUGAAGAUACUUCUCAGCCACUUGAAGUGUUUCCACCAAAGUUUGAAGGAGAUGGUUGGGAAAUGAUGCUGAGGCAACCAAGUAAAAAGAAAAUUACUGGAAAUCGCUUUUGGAAGAAAGUGUUUUUGAAAUUAUCAGAAAACAGCAUAUUGCAACUCUUCAACAAACAAGAAGAUAAUGAUCCUUUUCAGGAACUCCCGUUACAGGCUUGCUAUUCAUUAUCAGAAGUAGGAACUCAGCAGUAUGAUGUCUAUGGUAAGAUCUUCACUGUAAAGCUGCAGUACAUAUUUUAUCGAGAACGAGUUGGUGUUCGCCCAGGCCAGCUUUCUAAAAUGAUGCAAGGUCAGAUUACUAGUGUAGGACAGAUUGCAAAGUUAGGAUUACCACUUGAGCAUUCACCUCAAAUUUCACAGCUUUUGAAGUUGGGAUCUCAGAAUUACCAGGACAUCAAGAUGUUUAUUCAGGUUGUUGAAGAUGCACUGUUCCAUUUAUCUGUUCAUCGUGAUCGAGCUCUUACUUACAAGACAGAAGAAGUUCAGGUCACAGUUCAUGAUGAAUUUAGAGUGGAUCAAGACAAAGAUGGGAAAGUUCUCAAGCAAUUAGCUCGUGUUCGUAUAUUUUUUCUGGCUUUUAUCACAGGAAUGCCUGACAUUGAAGUAGGAUUGAAUGACAUAGAAAGACAAGGAAAAGAGGUUGUUGGACGACAUGACAUAAUUCCUGUAGUUACUGAGGAGUGGAUUCGACUAGAGGACUGUGAAUUUCAUUCCUGUGUUCUGUCUGAAGAGUUUGAAAAUAAUCGGAUAAUUAAGCUUCACCCACCAGAUGCUUGUCUUUUUGAGCUAAUGCGGUUUAGAAUCCGACCACCCAAAAACAGAGAACUCCCCUUACAAGUAAAAACUCAAAUGACAGUGACAACUUCACGUGUUGAAAUUCGAUGUGAUCUCCUUGUGCCUGGUUUUCAUAGCAGGAAACAUGGGCAAGUUCCUUGUCAAGAUGUCCAGAUAAGGUUUCCCAUUCCUGAAUGUUGGAUUUACUUAUUCCGGGUAGAGAAACAUUCUAGAUAUGGGUCACUAAAGUCUGCAGCUAGAAAACCUGGAAAAAUCAAAGGACUAGAAAGGAUUAUUGGAACAGCUCAGUCAUUAGACCCAAGUCUAAUUGAGGUUUCAGCUGGUCAGGCUAAAUAUGAGCAUGCACUGAAAGCUGUAGUCUGGAGGAUACCAAGGCUUCCAAAGGAAGGGCAGGGAGCAUAUACUACUCAACUUUUUCUGUUGAAGCUUAACCUGACAUCAUUUGACCAGAUUCCAGACACUUUCAGUCAGUAUGUUGAUGUGGAGUUCAUUAUGCCAGCCACAACUGUCUCUCACACAACUGUACGAUCUGUUUCUGUCACUAACCCUAACCCUCCAGAAAAGUAUGUCAGAUAUUUGUCAAAACAUGAAUACAAAGUUGAAAUCAGUUUUUGCUUUUCUCAGACAGAAAGUGAAUAUAUAUCUGCAGCUACCACUACUACUACUACUACUACUGUCCAGCCUACAACUUCUGAAAACAUACCAGAGUCUGGGAAGGAAAGUAACAGUAAUGGGAAAAAUGACACUGACUGAGUAGAUAAAGUACUAGUUUUAUACUUGUUUCUUGUGCAAGCACAAUGUUAAUUUGUCAUAUCAGCUGUUUAGCUACACAAAAGCUGUGAUUCAUAUAGACGUUCACAGACUGGCAGUUAUGUUGAUUACUCGAAGUAUCCUGUAUUGUGAGAUUCAAAUAUCUUCUUCUCCUCUUUAUUUUAUUCUUGAAUAUGGACAGCAGGUUUAAUUUGCACACAGCCUAUUGCUAUGGAGAUCAUGAAAUAUAUUGCAGGACUUGAGUAAAGGUCUCGUGAAGCGUGAAUAGUAAAUGUUCAAACAUUGUUUGUUUUUAUGUUGAAGACUCACUUUGCUGUGUCCAGAAGUUUACUUGUAGGACACCAGUUGAAUUAAACAGCUAAAUGUACUGUCAAUUACUUUCAAAUAUGUUGAGUAAGCAGUAUGGAAAAACCAGAUUAUGUAGGUAGUAUUCAAUGUGCAAGAAAAAGCUCACUUUUCAAUUUACUUCCAUGUCUAGCUGUCACAGUAAUUUCUUGAAUUAAAUCCAUGUGUUUAUCAGUUUUCGGCUAUGACUAAUCAAGGUAGGUCAUUAGAUUUUAAAGAAAAACUACAGUGUUGAUACUUAACCUGUGUUAUCUUGAUAUACUUCUAUAUAAGUUAAGCUCUUGUGAUAGUAACAAUAUAUUAAUGUUUUUUUGUUUAAUUAAAAUAAAAGAUUUACCUCAUAGCAUUAAUAUUUCUUGAAAAAAUCUUCUGACCUGCUGUUAUCUGUUGUUGAUAAUGUUGUUUAGCAAGGUCUUAUUUGUACAUAAAUGUUAUUGUAAUGUUUAAAUAAGUAAAAAUGAUGUUAAUCUAUUGGAUAAAACGAACUUCUGAGUUGAUAUGGGUAAAGGUUUUUUCUAAAGCUUGUUUUCAUGCUUAAGUUAAAGAGUUUAUUUCUCCGCCUUUCAAACGUAGCUGGGUCUCUCAAUCACAGUGUAGAUCUGAGAAGUAGAAGCAGAAAUUCUUUAUUGCAAAAUAAUUGUUUUAACCUCUGUUCUGUUUUUUGUAGAUUAUAUAUUGCAGGACAGAGCAGAAAUAACCAAAGAGUAAAAUUAUGCGUGAUUAUAAUUUUAAUCAAGUUGAUGUGAUAAGUUUUUCUUUUUUUUUCUCUUUCAAAAAAUUAAAAUAUAUGUUGAGUUCGUUUCUGCGUACCGAGUAAGUCAUGUCUGUCUGUUAUGUCCAGUGUAUAAUAGUUAUUAUUAUUAUUGAUGUUCAGAUCAUUAGAAUUCGUAAAAGUCGAUUGUUGUCCAUUUUUACUUGUUCAUGAUUAUAGUUUUCCUGUAGUAAGAAACAGAUUUUCUUGUGAAGAAACCCCGUAGACGAUAGUAUUAUGCGAGUGUUGUAUUCGUUGUUACCACUACCUUGACUUUGGCUGGAGAGAAGAGGAAGUAAGGGAGAUUGUAAAAAAAAAAGAUUUUGUCUAGAUAUUCAAGUUGUAAAAACCUUUAGCUCAUUAGAUAUGUUUUUACUGUAAUUCAAGGCGUGUACAUGUGUUUACUAAACUGUUGGAGAUAACCUUUGUGACAGAUAUAUUUUUUGAUAUUGUUUUUCUCCUAUUUUUUCUUUCUCAUUGUUAUAUUCAAACUAUAUUUAAACGUCAAGUGCAUAGGGAAACGCAAUGGUUGUGAAAGUUGAAUCCUUUUUUUUUUUUCAUAUUUAAAA